UCGCCUGGAGCAAGUGGAAGAAGCGGAUGAGCACGUCCAUGUCCGCGGCCCCAGCGCGGAGGCCCGUGUUUGACGACAAAGAGGACGUGAACUUUGACCACUUCCAGAUCCUGCGGGCCAUCGGGAAGGGCAGCUUCGGCAAGGUGUGCAUCGUGCAGAAGCGAGACACGGAGAAGAUGUACGCCAUGAAGUACAUGAGCAAGCAGCAGUGCAUCGAGCGGGAUGAGGUCCGCAACGUGUUCCGGGAGCUGGAGAUCCUGCAGGAGAUUGAGCACGUCUUCCUGGUGAACCUCUGGUACUCCUUCCAGGACGAAGAGGACAUGUUUAUGGUGGUGGACCUGCUGCUGGGCGGGGACCUGCGCUACCACCUGCAGCAGAAUGUCCAGUUCUCCGAGGACACCGUGAGGCUGUACAUCUGCGAGAUGGCGCUGGCCCUCGACUACCUGCGCAGCCAGCAUAUCAUCCACAGAGACGUCAAGCCCGACAACAUUCUGCUGGAUGAGCAAGGACACGCGCACCUGACCGACUUCAACAUCGCCACCAUUAUAAAGGACGGGGAGAGGGCGACCGCGCUAGCCGGGACCAAGCCGUACAUGGCUCCGGAGAUCUUCCAGUCUUUCGUCAACGGUGGGACCGGCUACUCCUUCGAGGUGGACUGGUGGUCGGUGGGGGUGAUGGCCUACGAGCUGCUGCGUGGAUGGAGGCCCUACGACAUCCACUCGAGCGACGCCAUGGAGUCCCUGGUGCAGCUGUUCAGCACUGUGAGUGUCCAGUACGUCCCCUCCUGGUCCAAGGAAAUGGUGGCCCUGCUGCGGAAGCUCCUCACUGUGAACCCCAAGCACCGUGUCUCCAGCCUCCAGGACAUGAAGGUGACCCCGUCACUGGCCAAUGUGCUGUGGGACGACCUGAGCAAGAAGAAGGUGGAGCCAGGUUUUGUGCCCAACAAAGGUCGCCUGCACUGCGACCCCACCUUCGAGCUGGAGGAGAUGAUCCUGGAGUCCAGGCCACUGCACAAGAAGAAGAAGCGGCUGGCCAAGAACAGGUCCCGGGACAGCAGCAGGGACAGUCCCCAGUCUGAGAAUGACUACCUUCAGGACUGCCUUGAUGCGAUCCAGCAAGACUUUGUGAUUUUUAACAGAGAAAAGCUGAAGAGGAGCCAGGACCUGGCGAGGGAGGCCCUGCCCACGCCCGAGGCCCUGCCCGUGGAUGGUGAGGCCUUGGCCGACGGUGAGGCGGCGAGCCCGGCCCUGCCCGGGUGCGGCUCCAUCUGCCCCUCAGCGGGGAGCAGCUAGGAGCCCGCUGCCCUGAGGGGUAACUCAGGCUGCACUGGGAACUCAAGUCCUCAGAAGGGACAGGGCGACCGGGAGGAGGCCAAGUGUCAGCGUUCCCACUGAGCAGCCCCGCUCGUCCAAGCACAGGCCCAGGCUGGCGGAGUGCUGUUGCCUUGGCCCAUUUCCAGCCAAACCACCGAGCUGCCAUUGGGCUCUUGGAGGGACAUGGUGACAAGAGGCUGUCAGUGCAGCCGAGUGGUGGACCAGGAGUGCAGGACCACCUGGGAUGCUCUGAUCACUACCUGAUGGUCCUGGUGGCCGCCUGACCCACUCACUGGGAGGUCACAGAGGCCAGGCCACACCGUGGGACAGGCGCUCUCGCCUCUCACCACCUCUUGGCUGUACAUAGGCCUGGUCGCCCGGCCCUGCCAUCUGUGAGCCUGCUACCCGGAGCUUGAGGGUGGCCCAGGAUCCACAGUUCUUGUACAUCAAGGGGGAGGAUUGUGGGUGGGAAGGC